AUGCUAGGAGGCCGUUUCACGCAAGUGAAGGACGGGAUUCGAUGUUUACUCCUACGUCAGCGAUUGAAGAUUAGAGAUGCCGCCGCGUUUGUCAAGGAAAGUAAAAUAAAGUGGGAUGGACACGUGAUGCGCUUUAACAGCAACCGUUGGACCAGAGCCGUGAGCGACUGGGUUCCUUGCGAUAUUAAGCGCACUACAGGAAGACCGCCGUCCGAAUGGUCAGAUUUCUUCAUGAUGUCCUUCAAAGAAAAUUAUGAUGCUCUGGCGCCCGCUCGACCAGACCAGAAGAUCAAUGGGAGUCGAGGUGAUCAAGGUGAUAAUCGACAUGCUUAUGAGUUUUCCUGGUCACCUCCUCCCAAAUCAAAGUCUGCGUGUUUCAUUAUGUUCUCUGCAUCUUUCAUUAUGUUCAUUUCUUAA